AUGGAUGAAACCGCUUUGAUUGCGCUGGGAAUUCUGCUCGAAGAAACUGCCGUUGAGGCCCUGGGCACGACCGGCGAUAUGGUUUUUGUUGAAGGCGCAGAGAUAGGAGACGACGAAGAGACUGGUUAUGAGUCCGGAGCUACUGUGGCAUCGGCACGGCGCUCUGUCUCGACAGCUCGGGAGUUUCCAGGUGCGAUACGAGCAAGGACGGUUGGAGUUGGAAGAAACGAUGACGACUUGACGAGAGUAUGGAGCACAAGGAAGAAACGCCGUUUGACUGGUCUCGCAAAACGGAGCGGUUCGUUCAAUUUUGAACCGAUUCCUAAACGGGAAGUUUUGAGCCUCAUGGAUCGCUGCCCCUCCACGCGCCGACUUAACCAUUCCCAAUAUUUCUUUUCUACGGAGUAUUUGCAGAACAAAUCUCUUACUUGUGUCGAUUACUAUAAACAAAGAAUGGGCCCGUCCAAAUCCCUCCCUCCUGCAGCUAAGCAGGCUCUGAUUUUAACUCAUCUCCGCUCGACGCGGACAUGCCAUACACUUAAGGAUCUUGAGAAAAUGCUUCCAUCCAUUGCAUCAAUAAACGGCAUGCAAGUCAAGGACUACAUCCAAGCCCUCGCAGACGAUGGUAAAAUCCACAUCGAGAAGAUUGGUAGCGGAAAUUGGUAUUGGGCCUGGGCUGGAGAAGAGAAAAAAGCUCGAGAUAAAAUCCUGAGUGGACUGGUCAAGGAUCUUGAAAGGAUCGACAAAGCCGUUGCUGAACUACAGAGUAAAGUCGACAUGGCGAAAGCUGAAAUCGGGCAUAGCGAAGGCGUAGAAGAAGAGGCCGAGAGAAGAGAAAUGCUGGCGAAAAAUGAGAAUAUGGAAGCGGAAGUCUUGAAGCUGAAGAGCGAACUUGAUCAAUAUACAACUGGGAAGACCGGCGGGAGUGUUGAUAUGAUGGGAGCAGACAUCACACGUUGGAAGGGCGAAGCGGAAAUGUGGACGGAUAAUAUUUACAUCCUCGAGGAAUACUUGAAGAAACUUACCGGCGGCGACAGAGAAAUACUCGAAUCCUUAAGACGGGAAUAUUAUGGUGAGGAGUAUGUCGAAGGGGAAGGAUUACGGGAGCUUUAG